AUGGCUCUAAUAAAGACCAAAGACGUGACAAUUCAUAGCGUGUUCCUUGUGUAUAGGAAACUUCUGGAGCAUAUCGAACGGUCAAAUCGAAAGUUGAAGAAAAAGACAACGCCUUGGAAGAAGGACAUGUAUAGCGCGCUGCUCGUUGCGAGGCAGAAACUGAGAGAGUACUAUGAGAAGAUCUACCGUGACCACGGCUUUCUCUAUGGCACGGGAGCUCUACUUGCUCCUCAAUAUAAACUAUCUGCCUUUGAUGACAGGGAGUAUUCUAUUUGCCACGAGGAUACUUCGAAAAGGUACUGUGAAUACUUGAGAGCGUGUUUCACGCAGUAUCAACAACAGAAUCCUGAGCUAUUGUUUCGUACAGUGCAUCGUUCGUCGGCACUGCAUAGUUCAGAACUUGAUCGGCUACUUGAACCAGUUAAUGACUAUAUGCUCCUCGAAGGGGUAGAGCAUGACGAGGUGAUCGCAAAUGUUCCCGUGCCACCACGGCUCUAUUGGAGAGAACAUGAGCGUGAGUUCCCUGUGCUUUCUCGGCUGGCACGCGACUUGCUUUCGGUUCCGGCCACCGGCGCGGGGGUGGAAAGGCUUUCCAACAGUGCGCGAGACAUCUGUCAUUAUCGUCGAGGGUCUCUUCAUGAAGUGACUAUUCAAGACUUGAUGAUGUAUAUGUGCUCAGAGAAAUUUACACUGGAGGGAGAGCAGUUAGCUCGCCUGGAAAAGUCGACGGAGAUUGAGGGUCAAGAGACAAUUGAAGAGGAUGAAGCAUUGAAAGGAAAUGAAGAGGAUGCUGAGCCGAUCAGUGACGAGGAAGAGGUCGAAGAAAGUGAAGACAUCGAAGGCAAUUUGGAAAUCGAGGCCUCAUACCAAGUUGAAAGUAUACUGGUAGAGGCUGACCGGCCUUCAACGUACAACCAGACGAACCAUGAGGAUGGAGACAAGUCAGAAGAGAUCCUCUGGUAG